GGGCGUCGGACUACGAGCCCCGUGGUGCACGGCGGGACCGGCCGCGCCUGCGCGUCGGGGCGGCCGCGGGAGGAAGCGGCGGGAGGAAGCGACGGCAGCGGCUGGGGCGGGCGGGAGCGCGGGGCCGGAGCGGGCCGGGAGGCGCCAUGCCCCGGGACAACAUGGCCUCCCUGAUCCAGCGGGUGGCGCGGCAGGCGCGCAUCACGUUCCGCAGCCCCGCGGGGCCGGCGUUCGGCGAGAACCUGCACCGGCUGCAGCAGCUGCUGGACGAGGUGCGCGCCGAGGACCUGCACUUGGCGCCGCGGGGGCCGGCGGCGGCGGCGGCGGGGGGCACGGGGUGCUCGCGGUCCGGCGCCGCGCCGCCCGUCAGCUACAUGCACAUCUGCGAGACCGAGAGCUUCAGCAUGGGCGUGUUCCUGCUGCGCGGCGGCGCCUGCAUCCCGCUGCACGACCACCCGGGGAUGAACGGCAUGCUGAAGGUGCUGUACGGCACGCUGCGCAUCGCCUGCAUGGACGCGCUGCCCGCCGCCGCCGCUCCGCCGCCCCCCGCCCCGGGGCCGUGCCUGCGCGCCCUGCUGCGCUCCCGGCAGCACUACACGCCCGCGUCGCCGCCCUGCCUGCUCUCGCCGCACAGCGACAACCUGCACCAGAUCGACGCGGUGGACGGCCCCGCCGCCUUCCUCGACAUCCUGGCGCCGCCCUACGACCCCGAGCACGGCCGGGACUGCCACUACUACCGCCUGCUGGACGGGCCGCCGGCCGGCGCCGAGCCCGCGCUGCCCAGGGAGGUGUGGCUGCUGGAGACCGCGCCGGCCGCCGACUUCUGGUGCGGGGGGGAGCCCUACCCGGGGCCCCGCGUCUGCCCCUGAGGCGGCGCUCGGCACCGCGGGGAACGCCGCGGACACGGAGCGGGGAGCCCCGCCCGGCCCCGCCGCCGAAGGACACGGCGCCCCGCGCCGCCGCUCGGCCCCGCUGGGAUCGCGUCGCUCCCGCCGGGGAAAGGCCGCCGGCACGGGCUGCGCCGAGGAGCGCUCGGGGCAAUAAAGUGACGGUGUAUUUAUUGCUUGUGGCUGACGUGCGCCGAUGGAGGAGCGGCGCGGGCCGUUUCUACUCGACCGAGCGUUCGGAAAAAUAACAAACCAAAAAGCAGCGCCCUGCGUGUGCCGCCGGGCUGCGGUGAAGGGGGGCGGUCGGGCUCCGGCAGAGCGAACGCAAUAAGAACAUCCCGGGGCCGCCACCCCCACCCCGCGCUGCUGGGAGCGCCGCACCGCCACCCACGGCGGCUUCGGGACGGCUCUGCUGGACGUGCACACGACUGCCCAACUCCCAGCACGGGGCGGGCAGCGGAUACACGGCGCUGUGUGCAGGGGGGGAGUGCAGCGAGUUCCCCUCCCGAGGGACGGUGUCGGGUCCUGAAUUACCAUUUAACAGUUCUCCACGGCGUUACGUGUAAGAUCCAGCUAUUAGAACUGAAGUUACACAGCGUUCCUAUGCGUGUUCCCUCAGCCGGGAGGAGACUCGCAGCUGCUAAUUAACUGUGCUUGGAAGUUCUCAUAUAGCAGCGGCCGAGGGGAGCGCGAGCUGUGGGCAUCUUUAGAGAAGACCGCUGCUGUCCCAUGGAUGCUGCUGCGCGACACUACUCACUUGCCUAUAACCUAUAGAUACCUAUAUCCGUCUGUACGCAUACCCUAGGUUCAGAUAGAAUUUGACCUGAUAACUCUUCUCUUAAAGCGGUCUGUGUUUUUAUAUGGACAAGUGAACACUGAGCUUUGGAAGCCUUGUAGUUUCGCCCUUUAUACUAUUUAUAAAGAUUACUUUUUCAUAAGGCUUUUAAAUAAACAUAGCAUAGAAGAGACGCGGUGCAUUUUGCCUUGCUGUGCUGUAAGCAGCCUUGAGAUCCAGCGUGUCCUCAGCAGGGGAUGCGACCUUUCUAACGGGAGAAACUUUUUCUAGAGGUGUCGUACCUGUUUGUGCUGCAGGGAAUGAGCCGGUGCCUCUGAUGGCUGAGCACAUGGUGCAGCCUGGGUCACCGUGUGGGAAUCUGAACACAAACCCACUUCCUAAGGGAUGUUACCAGCCUGCUCCGGAAACUGUCCCACAACCAGCCUUCGUGUUUCUUGGUGUAUUUAUCAAAGCAGACUUGUUUUUCCUGUACGGUUGCCUGGAUGGGUGAAUUUUUAAGUGAUUCUGAUACAGCGUCACAUUUUGAAUUGGGGGGUGGGGAGGUGGGCAAGAAGAGAUUAUGAAUGUAAAACACCACCAGCGUUAUGCAUACACAUAUGAGUGCUUUUGCAGGGAAAAAUUGGUGGAAAUUAUUUUGCUCAAUUUCCAUUAAUUCUUACAGCACUGUGGAGCAUCUGAUGUUUCUGCAGCGGGCUUACCUGGUUUUUCCUGGAAUUCCCCUGCAGCUCAGCAUUAGUUAAUGUGCAACAAUUCGCUAUCAAGCGUAGUCAUUAACUGUAAUGCAGUGCCUCGGAAUGGCACGGCUUGUGUUUCUCACUCACUCCAGCACUAAUGAAGACUGUCAUCCUUUUCCAGAAGCCCACAAAGGCAGCGUGCCGCAUGCAAACAGCAGUACUGGGAAAACAAACUGCAACCAAGAGCAUUUCGGUUCUGUAUCUCAUCUCUCUAUCCUCCCCUUAGGUCUCUCUUGUUGCUUUUUAUUUUUUCUCCAUGUGUAAGACCUAGUGAAGGUAUGUGAUGGGAUAGGACUUCAACGCACAGAGGACAGUGUGAUCCCUUACACUGUAGAGCGCUGUUAACAGUUGUGACAAAACCACUUUGUUUUUUUAACUGACGGUGUUAGCAUUGAAGUAUUAAAGGCAUUGCUUCAGGAAAUAUAGCAAAGAGAACCUGAGAUGCAUUAAAGAAAAGCCUCUUUGCGUAACUUCUUGCUUGUUCAAUGAUUGAAACUUACUUCGCGUGUUCUGGAUAUCUGUAAGCAGAAGGUUUGAGUCUGUAAUGCUGUUCUUUCUCUCUGCAGUCUGUUUAUUGUGUUUUCACUACAGCAAAGUCGCUGUUAUUGCUGAGUUACGGAAUAAAUACAGGAUAUCUCACCACCAA